ACCAUGAAUAUUGUGGGCCAGUUAGCGGAGACAGUGUUUGUGACGGUGAAGGAGCUGUACCGUGGCCUUAACCCCGCCACUCUCACCGGAGGGAUCGAUGUCAUUGUGGUUCGACAGCCUGAUGGAUCGUUCCAGUGUUCCCCCUUUCACGUCCGCUUUGGCAAGCUCGGUGUGCUGCGCUCCAAGGAGAAAAUUGUGGACAUUGAGAUAAAUGGCGAAUCAGUUGACCUGCACAUGAAGCUCGGAGACAAUGGAGAAGCUUUUUUUGUGGAAGAAAAUGAAAAUAUGGAGUCCCAGGUCCCGGCCCAUCUGUGCACCUCCCCAAUUCCUCUUGAGGUCCCUGAGGAGAUAGAGGAGACCUUUGAGGGAGCCUCUGUCGCCGGGUCUGGGGCCCGCAGGAAGAAACGCCGUCGCAAACGCAUGCGCUCUGAUACUCACCUGAGAGACGACAACUCUUCAUCAGAAGAGAGAGAAAGAGAGAGGGAGUGGGAGAGAGGAGAAAGUAGUCAGGCUGGACAGGAGGGUCCAGCUCAAGAGGAGCUUCUCUCACCAUUACACGUCAGUAAAUCGGUGUACUACUCACUGUCUGAGGAGCCAAAUGAGGAGUUGGGGGGCACCCAGACCAGAGAUGCUCACCCACACUCAGAUGGAGAGCAGUCACCCUCGGAAAGCAGUGUGUUUUACAGUCGGCCAUCCUCUCCCAAGAGCGACUCUGAGCUUCUGGUUAAAUCCCAAGAGUCCUCUGGGCCUCAGAUACAGUGGCACUGGGGAGGCUUUCCGAUGCUGUGUCAAUCAGAGAGGACAUCAGUGGAGUUGCAGCGCAUCUCACCUUCAGGCAGUUCUCAUUUCCGCACCAUUGAGAGACAGGACUCCUUUGAUAUGGGCUUGGAGCCUGUGAUCAGCUGUGGCAGAGUGGGCAGCGUAACAGUGGUCCGACCACAACCCAGGACCCACUCCCUAGACCUAGGUAGCCAUGCCAUCCAAACCACCCCUUUAUCCAAUGAUAAAAACUCUAAUAUUGCCCAUUCUACCCCCAGUGACCUCUUCAAGUCCUGUGCAUCAUCAGGGAAGACAGACGUGGACUCAUCACACACACUUGAGUCCACAUCAGGAGAGAAGGAGAACAGAGAGUCAUCUUCUUAUUCUGCUAGUCUAAUUAAUGGCACUGAUUCCCUCAAUAGCAAAGAAAGCACAGCCAAUGUUCAUCACGUUAGCACUGUGACUGGUACAGUUAGUACAAUUAAUGCGGUCAGUGUGAGCAAACAAGACAUCAAACAGAAAGAACUAAAAGACAGUGAAGACGGCACAGUCACAACAAGAAGCCCAGGUAGUACAGAAUCAUCAAACCUACAACAGCAGGGUGCUCCACCUGAACAAAGUGAACAGGGUUCGACCAGUAGUGCCCCUGUCAGUGAGGGGGACAGUGGAAUAGAUCCCUUUGCUGAGGGAGGGGAAGACGACAGUGCACCAAAAUCUGAAGUGGGAGCUGCCGGGGCCGGCUGGACAGCUGCAGACGGGUUGGCAAACUCUUCUGACGCAUCUACCAAAGUGGAGCAACAGGGCAAAAAGAAAGGUAAACGUAAUCACCAUCUAGGACCAACAGAUAUUUACUUGGAUGAUCUGACCUCGCUGGAUCCAGAAGUGGCUGCACUCUACUUCCCCAAGAGUGAGACAGAGGGAGCAUCUCAGCAAGGGGCAGAGCAGGGUUCAUGCUCAGGAAGUCAGUCACCUCAGUCAGUGGGCAGCGGAGCCAUGGACAGCGGCACAGAGUACUUGUCAGAUUCCACCUCCUACAGCAUGGAUGUCAGCAUGUCCCUCUGUGGACAAGAGGGCGACACCAGCCAAAUCACCAAGGAAAAGUUUAUGGAGCACAUUGUGACAUACCAGGAUUUUGCCAACAAUCCAGGGAUCAUUGAGGAUCCAAGUCUUGUCAUCUGCAUCAAUUCCAACUAUUAUAACUGGGCAGUGGCUGCUCCAAUGGUUUUGUCAAUGACAACUUUCCAGAAAAACCUGCCCAAGAGUACGAUAGAGAGGCUGGUGAAGGACAAGAUGCCCAAAAAGUCUGGACGUUGGUGGUUCUCCUGGAGGAGAAGAGACAUGGACAAUAACCAGCAAAAACACUCAAAGGAGGAGCAAGAGGAGCCACUGGUCAGUGUUUCUUCCACAGUAAAAGCCACACUGGAUGACAUCGAAAGUGAUGAGGCAGCAGGGCUAGGCCGAAAAGCCAUCCUACCUUCAAGCCAAUCAACAGAAACCCUCAGUGCCACCCAGUGUAUCAGCCAGAUGUACCGCAAAUCACUACGCCUGACCUCUGAACAGAUAGAGCACUUAAACCUGCGUGAGGGAGCCAACAAGGUGGUGUUCAGCGUGACCACGCAAUAUCAAGGCACCUGUCGCUGUGAGGCCGCCAUCUACCUGUGGAACUGGGACGACCGAGUCAUCAUAUCAGACAUAGAUGGCACCAUCACUAAGUCUGAUGCUCUGGGGCAUAUUCUACCUCAGUUUGGAAAAGACUGGACACACAAAGGCAUUGCCAAGCUGUACCACAAAAUACACCAAAAUGGCUAUAAGUUCCUGUAUUGUUCAGCGCGGGCUAUAGGUAUGGCUGCCAUCACUAAGGACUACCUGCAAUGGGUCAAUGACAGAGGCACUGUCCUCCCUAAAGGCCCUGUACUGCUGGCUCCCAGCAGCCUCUUUUCAGCAUUACACAGAGAAGUGAUUGAGAAGAAGCCGGAGGUGUUUAAAAUUGCCUGUCUCGGUGACAUCAGGGACCUUUUCAACCCGCAGCGGCAGCCUUUCUACGCGGCCUUCGGCAACAGGACUAAUGAUGCUUAUGCCUAUAAGCAGGUUGGAGUGCCUGACACCAGGAUAUUUACUGUCAACCCAAAAGGAGAGCUCAUCCAGGAGAAGACUAAAGGCAACAAGUCUUCGUACAACCACCUCAGUGAACUGGUGGAACAUUUCUUCCCUGUACUCUGUGCUGAGGGCAACGGGUCCUCUGCUUUUGACUGUCCUGACUACAGCAGUUUCUCCUACUGGAAGGAGCCUCUGCCAGAACUGGACCUGGAUGCACUACUGUAGACACACACCCACAUGUACUAAAACGCACAUAUGCACAUGUUGUAAGGCAGGGGCAUAAGCACAUAUACUCUUCUUCUUUCUCUUUCUCUCAUUUCCCAGAAAGGCAUUUCAAAUGAUUUUUCCCAGCAUGCCUGAUUAUUGCCUUUGAUGGACCUGCCAACUGUAGAGCCUGUUUUAUGAGCCACUGGACAAAACUGGAACAUAAAGAGGCACCUGUCCCUUUUUACACUGCACUCAAAGACAGAGCCAAAUUAAGUCAUAAUAUGCAUGGACUCUGCAUUUCGAAAUAAGUGCAGAAACCGUUAUGCAUUCAUCUCAGUGCCCUUACACUGACUACAUGCUAUAGAUUACAAUGAACAUGGACACAAAUGGACCAAUAUGACUUUAGACUGUUUCCGUUUUUUUGUUACUGUGUGCACCAGUGUCAUAGUCGUUCCAAAAAAUGAAUUUAAGCAGUGUAUUGGCAUGAUAGCUAACACUGAUACACAUUUCAGCUCUAAGCUUGGACCAAAAAUAUAUCUGUACAGAAAUAGGGAAAUUAAGCUGUAUUAGUAAAAUAUUAAGCGAUGCCUAAAUUCCUGCAAAUGCCAAAACUGUGUAACUACUAUAGCCUGCUUUCUGUGACUGACAAUGGAAACUUUCAGAGCACUGCUUAACAGACCCAGGUACACAAGACAAACCUAUUAUCCCUUAUUUGUUGGAGAUUAUUGACAGCAGAGAAUGUCUUUGGGUUUGACCCUAAUAAGUAUGAGAUAGCUGGAGUUUGCCCUGAUCUUUGUUGAGCAAUGAGUGUUUUUAAGUAACAUUAGCCUGUGGAGUGAAAACUCCUUGGAGCUCUGGAUGGUACGGAAGAAUUUUCAUGUAUCAUAACUACCAAGUCAAAGCCGAAUAUGGAGUAAGAGUUGGUUGUAAAUUAUAAUAGAAUUAUUUUUUUUCAGUUCAUGAAAAUGCAAUUACAAGUGGAUCUGAGCAUAGGAUGAUCAUUGUGGAAUUACACAAAGAACAUUUCACAGAUAUUCCUUCCAGAUACUGCACCACCAAGUUUAGAAAUGUUUAUACACUACAGGAAAGAGGAGAUGGGUCAGACUGAGGUCACUUUUACUCCAGAUUUGUAAACAGUUAAUGAUUUAGCCUGAUGCCGUGCCUUUAUGCUACAAUGACACUGUUAUAUUUAUUAUUUUUGCAUAUCUUUCAUCAUCCAACUGUGAGGAGAUGGAUUUACUUUUGAAAGUAAAUGUAUAGAAAUAUAAAUUAAAUUAA